GAUGACAUAAUCAACAUUAGUUUACCAUCGAGAGCGGAUUAUCGAAAUAUUUAUUCCGCUUUGACACCGGAGCAAUAGUAAUUAAGAGCAUAGAAGACAUACACGAACUCCACAAGUAUUUCAAAGAGACGAUUGCAAAUACCCAACACCGCGAUCAUGGCGUACAAUCCACGAAUGUCCAUAAUUCCGCCGUCGCAAAACCAAUCGCGCACGCGCAAGAAGGAGGAGGAAGCCGACGCAUUCAUGCGCCUACCGGACAAGGAGAUCGUCGGAUGUAUAACAGACAUCGGCAUUCCAUUUAGCGUCGCCGACCUCCAGAAGCCGAACCCUCUCCAAGUCCAGAUGAUCUUCGAAUGGUUUGCCGAACUGUUGCUAAAUGCGACACGUGAGACCGUCGAGCCGGCAAUGCGCGCUGCCGCCGAAGAUGUCUGUGGCGAGUUCACCGACAUUGUGCCUCCCGAUACGCGCAACCUACUGGGCUUCUACGUAUCGCUACGCAAACUACUUCUUGAGUGCGGCAUCACCGACUUUAGUUUCUCCGACUUGUACAAGCCCACGCACCCGCGCCUCGUUAAGAUCUUCAGCUACCUGAUCAACUUUGUUCGAUUCCGCGAGAGUCAGACCAAUGUCAUUGAUGAGCAUUUCAACAAGGCCGAGCAGACCAAGGCACGGAUUGAGACACUGUAUGGCGAGAACCAAGACAUGGAGUCUAGAUUAGAUGAGAUGCGACAUAACCGAAGAGCGAUGGAGGCCCAAGUACGCGAGAAGACGGAACGAAAUGAAGAGCUAAAGAAAACCCUACUGGAAUUGCGACGAAACCAGGAGAGGGUUGCAGAUCGACUGGACGGGGCUAAGCAGAAAAAGGCAGAGCUGGCCCAGAGACUAGAGCAAAAAACAGCUGAAAAGAUGUUGCUGAAGCAGGAAAGCAAUAAAUUGCGACCAUACACUCUUCAAAGUCCCCAAGCGCUACAGACAAGUUUGACAGAGCUCAGCAAUACUCUUAACGGGGACAAAUCGCAUAUAGAUUCUCUAGACCGACGAGCAAGAGCAUUACAAACAUCAACCGAUUCCUUCGGAGUCGUGGCGACAGAUGUGGCGUCAUGUAUCAAACUCCUAGACGAUAUCGCAAACGAGUUAACCAAGGAGGAGGAGGAAAAUGCUAGAAAUGCGAGGCAACGAGAUACAUUAUCCGAGCGUGGCAACAAUGUCAAAGAAGUGGAGAGGACAGAGGCGUUGUUACAAAGGCAAUUAAGCAAGUGGAACGAACGCACAGAGAAGCUCCGCGAUCAAAGCCGAGAGAAAGCCCAGGAAGCGAAGAAGAAGAUGGAGGAGCUCCGAGCAUUACACAAGAAGCUGACGGAGGAGAGAACGGCAAAGGGCAACGAAAUCGAAAAACGAAGAGUUCGGAUUGAGCAAACUGAGAAAAAGAUGCUUGAUCUCAAGGAGAACAUUGAGAACGAGGUCCACGCGGCAUACGACGAGUAUCUGAAGAUGGAGUCGCACAUCAAGCUGUAUAUCACUGAGAUGGAGCAGGCUAUUUGAUUAUUAUCCCUUAUUUGUUCAGUGCAUGCGUGACGAGACCACGAUUGGGAUACCACAGCAGGCGUUCAGGUGUUGAGGGCCGGUCAAGGCUUAG